GUCCUUCAGCUCCUGUCAGAGAGCCAGAGCAACAUGGCCCACCUGGUGAGCUCCGUCAGUGACGUCCUGGACACUCUGCAGAAAGAUCGAGGGGCUGCACGGCCUCGAAUCAAGGCUGACCUGCAAAAGGUCCCUUCCAGGGGGGCCAGGCCAAGGGGCUGUUCAAAUGGCUCUCGCCCAAGAGAUUGUCUGGACAUCUAUGCCAGCGGCCAGCAGGAAGACGGGAUCUAUUCUGUUUUCCCCACUCAUUACCCCUCAGGCUUCCAGGUCUACUGCGACAUGAGCACUGAUGGAGGGGGAUGGACGGUCUUCCAGCGUAGGGAGGAUGGUUCUGUCAACUUUUUCCGAGGCUGGGAGGCCUACAGGGAUGGCUUUGGCAAACUCACUGGAGAACACUGGUUAGGGCUCAAGAGGAUUCAUGCUCUGACCAUGCAGGCCACCUAUGAGCUACACAUAGACUUGGAGGACUUUGAUAAUGGCACAGCCUAUGCCCACUAUGGAAACUUUGCUGUGGGAUUGUUCUCUGUGGACCCAGAGGAAGAUGGCUACCCAAUCACCAUCGCUGAUUACUCUGGCACCGCAGGUGAUUCCUUCCUGAAACACAAUGGUAUGAAGUUUACCACCAAGGAUCAAGAUAAUGAUCACUCCGAGAAUAACUGCGCUGCUUUCUACCAUGGGGCCUGGUGGUAUCGUAACUGCCACACCUCCAAUCUCAAUGGUCAGUACCUCAGGGGUCACCACUCCUCCUAUGCAGAUGGCAUCGAAUGGUCUUCCUGGACAGGAUGGCAGUAUUCACUCAAAUUCACUGAGAUGAAGAUCCGACCAGUCAGAGAGGAAAAUUAG